AUGGUUAGUUUACCUUUUUUUAAUUUUUUUAGGGAGCAAAAAUCAACUGGCUAUUUUGAUUCAGAGAAGAAAGAUAAGCCAAAUAAAGCAAUAAAAAGGAUAUUUCAUAAAUAUUUUUUUGUACUUACUCUUUUUAAUCAAGGAUAAAGCGUUUCAUGUGAGGAGAAGAUGUAAACUCGCUAAUCAAAGAAAAGAAGCUCUUUGAAUAGAAUUUUUUUAGAAAUUUGGAGGAGAUAUUAUUUUGAAAUCUGA